UUGGGGUGACCCGUUCGCAGCCCCAUUUGGAGUCGGGGAAGCGCAGCACUCCCCACGGAGCGCAGCCACUUACACUUGUUGAGAGAAGCACUUAAAGCGGGGCUGGAGGGGGGGGAUGCGCAGGGGGUGAUUCCCCCCCACCCCGGGGGUCGUUGUACCGGGGGGCGAGGGGCCGCCCCGCUCGGUGUAGGGGCGUUUGUUUGAACAGCUCCAGAGCAAAGAGCAGGGGAAGAAAGUUUGGGCUGGGAGCGUGGUUUUUUCCCCAGACGUCAGCACAAGGCGGAACAGGGGCUGGGGAGGGAGCCGGACUCGCAGGGCAGCCGGGAUUUUUAUUUUUUAUUUUUUUAAUUAUUAUUAUUAUUAUUUUAUUAUUAUUUGGUGGGGAUCGGAGAAGGGGAAGGGGCCGGGGAGCGGCCCGGCACCUCGGGGUGGGCUGCGGGCCGGUGGGGGUGGGAGACAUGGACUCGUCGCCAGCCUUCGCCAUGGACAAACCGUUCGCCCCCAGCACCGUGCGCGUUCCGGAGCCGCCCGAAAACCCUCAGAGCCGGAAAAACUUCAGCGUGAGCCAUCUCCUCGACCUGGAGGAGGUGGCUGCCGGGAUGAACGGGGCCCCCCCCGCCGGCCCCCCACCCUCCGCCGGCGGUAAGGCCAUGCCGGAGCCGUCGGGAGGCAGCAGCGGCAGCGAGGCGGCACCCCAGGACGGUGAGAGCCUGAGCCCGAGCCGUGGAGUGGCCAAGAGGAAGAAGAAGCAGAGGAGGAACCGCACCACGUUCAACAGCAGCCAACUGCAGGCUCUGGAGAGGGUCUUUGAGCGGACACAUUACCCCGACGCCUUCGUGCGGGAGGAGCUGGCCAGGAGGGUGAACCUCAGCGAGGCGAGAGUCCAGGUUUGGUUUCAGAACCGGAGGGCCAAGUUUCGCCGUAACGAGAGGGCGAUGUUGGCCAACAGAUCGGCGUCGCUCCUCAAGUCCUACAGCCAGGAAGCUGCCAUCGAGCAGCCCAUGGCACCGCGGCCCACUGCGCUCAGCCCCGAGUACCUCUCGUGGAGCAGCUCCUCCCCGUACAGCACUGUGCCGUCCUACAGCUCCAGCGGGACCGCGACGCCCACCCAAGGGGUGAACAUGGCCAACAGCAUCGCCAGCCUGCGCCUCAAAGCCAAAGAGUUCAGCCUGCAUCAGAACCAAGUGCCGACUGUGAACUGACCGGGGAAAAUCCCCAUGGCCUCAUCCAGGACUCGACGUGGGGAUCCUGUACUGAUCGGCACCAACCCGCUGCCCGCCCCAUGCACUGCUCGUCUGAUGUCCCAGCACCUCUCCUCUCCUCUUCCCUCUUGAAGGUGGCGUCAAGUCCCAGUCUGAAGUGGCACAUCGCUAUAGCCACAUAUGGAGCAAACUUGGUUAGAAACUUGCUUUUCUGCACACCCUUAUAAUAAAGGCUAUAUAUACACACACAUACCCCCCACGCGCUCUUCGAGGACAAACAGACUUACCAAGCGAACAAGAAUUUGCUUCCAAACAUGGAAGGAUCUUGGACUUUUGGAUUUGACCAAUUUGGGUAUCUUGCCUGGAGAGCCAAAGAGUUAUUGGGUCUUCCCCUCCCACAGGGACGGCACGCAGCGCUGGGACGAUCGCGAUGCUGCACGAUGCCAAUUUUUUGAGCCCCCCUUUAUGCUGGGCCUUCACCUCCUCAUGCACUGCCAGCCAUGGGGCUCAGUGGGACCAUUGAAAGCCAACAGCUGCGUCCUGGUGCCGUAAACUGAGGGGGGAACACAUCGCCGCACCCCAUCCAGGCACCACCACCCCACAUCUGCGGGUUUGCCAGCAGUUCUGCAGAGCCCCAGGUCAUUGAACCAGCCCAGGGAAAGAGAAAAUUGGAAAAAGCUGUUGGUUUCAGCUGAGUAGGCGGCUCCCAGUGCUUCGUGCCAAGGGCAGAGCAGGCUUCGUCUUCCGGAGGCACAGCAUCCCCAGCGGCCGCUCUGCAGAUGGGCCACAGAAUGCGGGGCUGGAGACUCCAUGGGGUGUUUUCUAUGUUUCUGAAUAAAGGAAACUGUAUUCCCCACCACGCCACACAGCCCAGUGAAGGGGCUCUCAAUUGCAGGGUGGGCAGAAAACUUCCCUGCAGCAACGUGGGAUGAGCCGGCGCUGGGGCAAUAGGGGAUUGACUCCAUGGACAAAGCCAGUGGAGUGCUCCUCCCUCACCCACUGCAAGGAGCAGCAGCCAAGCAGCCAACUAAACCUAUUCUAGGAGGGCUUUGUCCAGCCAGCAUGGUGGGACCAAUAACAAGUGAAUGUAGCAUUGGACCCAAGGAUGGCUCACGACAGCCAUCGAGAUCAACACCCAUCAGUAUGCCAUGCCAGGCCAAAAGCACCCAAACCACUUUGUAUACACACCCAAGAGCCCCCACAUCCUGCCCACAGGAGCUUUCUCUCCCUUUCUUACCAAGGAAAACCACAUCUGGUCCUUGAUGGCCAUGGUGUCCCCUGGAUGUGCCAAGUGGGGAGGGCAGAGCUCCUCAGAGUGCUGCAGUGAGACUUCAUGGGGAUCCCACAACGCUGAGCACUGCCAUGUGGGCAGAGGAGCCCCUGCAGAGCAAAGCCCCCACCCCAAGGAACGGCACUGGGCCGGGGGGUCCCAUUCCCAUGGAAAGCAUAGGGCUCUUCUUUUUUUUUUUGGUUAUACAAGACGAAACCACAGGGAUAUAAAUGUCGCUGCCUCUUUGAGAGCAUUAAUGAAAAUAAACCCAUUUAAUAGUUUGCAGAUGCCGUUUCUGUAAACCUAAAAAAAGCAGGGAAUAAAUAUUUCUUCACUAAAUAUCUAUAUGUAUAUAUAUAUUUGAAAACAUGCGUUCCUAAUCUUUGGGCCCCUCCCUCGCCACGCUCUUGGCUGCUUAAGGCGGAGCAUCACUCAGCAUCACAGCCUCACCGAGAGGGAAAUCAGGGAUCGUGGUCAUGUCAUCUGAGCUCUCUCCCUUUUCUAUCUGUACAUUGCAAUGGCUUGUAACAAGAUCCACAGUCGACUUUUGAUUAUUAUUAUUUUUUUUUUUGCAUGUCUGUAUUUUUUUGGAAUUUUUUUGUAAAGGUUU